AUGGAAGACAUCACCAAGCUGCUUUGUGCGUCCUCGCUCUUCAUCCUGUUCUACUCGAUGGUUGCGAAAUACGUCAAAAACAGAUACCACAUCCCUGACCCCCUGGUCACGAUGCUCUUUGGAAUUGCAGUAGGCCACCACGGCCUGAAUAUUCUGAACACCCACUACGUCUACAGCAAGGUCAUCGUCCUCAAUUUCAGUCGAAUAGUCCUCUGCCUCCAAACCAUGGCAAUUGCCCUGAAAGUGGAUCAGACCCAUCUUAGGCGGAAUCUGACCAGUCUCUUCAACCUGAUCAUCACGGCUGGAAUUCUGAAGUGCUUUCUGACGUUUCUCUGCAUCUUCGCCUUCACGUACUUUGGCGGUGCCACGAGCUGGGCCCUUGCUGCCGCUCUCACGCCCACUGAUCCAAUUCUGAGCAGCUCCAUUGUUUCAGGCCGAUUUGCGAAGAAGAACGUGGAUGAGCACCUCAGAAUGCUCCUUGUGGCCGAAUCAGGCGUGAAUGACGGAAUUGGAAUCGUCCUUCUCAACAUCAGCGUCCUCCUUAACAAGUCAAUCUCCCUUGGAAAUAUCAGGGCCGUUCUCAUCGACUUCCUCCUUGACACAUUUCUCCUGAAAAUAGUCAUCAGCAUUUUGGUUGGCUCCAUUCUUGGAUCAGUCACCCGUUUCUGCUCCAAGAAGUGCUACCAGCACCAGUUGCUCAACUCAGACAUCCUCAUGAUCCAUUCAUUUGCCCUUGCUUUUCUGAAUCUGGCAGCAAUGACCAUUCUCGAUGGAUCUGAACUCAUUGCCAUCUUCUUCGCUGGCCUCUUUCUCAACAAGGGCGCCUGGUACACGAAUGAGCAAUCAAACACCAAAAUAUCAGACGUGAUUGAAAACAGCUUCUUCAUGGCGCUGUUCGUCUUCCUUGGUUCGAGAAUCGACUUCAGCAGGUUCAACACCAGAAUGUUUCUGGUCAUAUUUCUGGUGAUUCUGAUUAGGCUGAUUACUGUUCUGGUUCUCUAUAGGCCACUUAUUCCAGCAAUCAAAACACCAGUUGAGGCAGCAUUCAUUGGGUUCUUUGGGCCCAUUGGUGUUGGUGCUGUCUACUACUCGCUCCUCUACGACAUCAAGUUCGAUGCCCUCACCGUUGAUUACGCAAUGUGCUCAGUCUUCGUAAGUGUCGUAUUGCAUGGAUUGGCUGUACCAGGAUACUGUUUGAUUAGAAAUAUGCAAAAAAUAAGGAAUGAGACCCAUGCCCAUAUUCAGACUGAUGAAAUUGGAAUAUAG